AAAUUUCUAAGCCCUAGGGCUUCUUUCCUCCCCGUCUCCGAAGCCGAAAGAGAGCUGAGCGCUUCCUACUCGCUCACAAGUGAGCUCACUCAUCAGGGUUAAUUCGCCGAUCGGUGAAGAUGUAUACCUCGUUGACAAAAAUCCGGAAGGAUAAGGAGGCUGAGCCUUCAGAAUUUGAGGAGUCAGUGGCACAGGCCUUGUUUGAUUUGGAAAAUACCAACCAAGAGCUCAAGAGUGACUUGAAGGACCUCUACAUCAAUGCUGCUGUACAAAUUGAUGUCUCUGGAAGCAAGAAGGCUGUGGUUAUCCAUGUGCCGUACAGGCUGAGAAAAGCUUUCCGCAAAAUUCAUGUUAGGCUUGUGAGGGAGCUGGAGAAGAAAUUCAGCGGGAAGGAUGUGAUUCUGAUUGCCACCCGGAGGAUUGUGAGGCCCCCAAAGAGAGGUUCUGCUGUUCAACGACCACGCAGCAGGACACUCACUUCUGUUCAUGAGGCCAUGCUAGAGGAUGUUGUUGUCCCUGCCGAGAUUGUUGGGAAGCGGGUUAGGUAUCGCCUUGAUGGAUCCAAGAUAAUGAAGGUGUUCUUGGAUCCAAAGCAGAAGAACGACACAGAAUACAAGCUCGAGACAUUUUCUGCAGUUUACCGGAAGCUUUCAGGUAAAGAUGUUGUCUUCGAGUACCCUCUAACCGAGGCUUAGUGCUCCACCCUACUCGGGCUUGUUACUUAUGCAAACUGGAAAUUAGUGAGUUCUUUUAGAAACAUUGGCGUUUGUAGUUUUGUUAGAGGGCAAUGAUCUAAAGUGGCAUCUACCAUUAAGAUUUCUUCUUUUGGAGACUUCCCUAUUUGCUAUUAUGUCAUGAUGUUGCAGAUUAAUUUCAAGAAAAAUUUCAUAUUUAAAAUACUGUGUUUGGUGCGUUACGUUU